GGGGCGUCCGUUUCCAGAGAAGCCGAGGUUCGGUUACUAUCGACGCUUGGGUUCUUCGGUGGAGACGCUGUGGCCACCGCUGCCUGGGCCGGCGACUCAUCGGCGUCUGGCCUCGCGCGCCCCGUCCGUCCUCCUGGCCGUUCUCGCUUCCCUCUGCGCUCGCUGUCUGCCGAGGCGACCCGGCGCCGGGCAGGAUCUCAGCGGACGCUCCGGCCGUCGUAGCUUUCAGCAUCUGUGGGAAAGUUGUUGCUGAAGCAUCCUAUUAAAAGAGAGCUACUGAGUUGAUGGAGACACCUCCUAGCGAUGGAAGUCAUCCAGAGGGACUCUUUCCAUGCUUCACACAGGAGAGAGCACCUGUCCCACAGAGUGCCAGUGAGAAUGACCUCAGCAGCCUCAUGCAGGACAUCUUCAUUGGCAAGAUGGAGACGGAGUUGCAGGCAAUGCUUAAGGAAGCUGAGUCGGCAUCCUGUUCAGUAGAGUUACUUUUGCCAUUAUUUAAGAACACUGUGGAAGGAAUUAACUUAGAAAAUGUUAAUCAUUCUGCAACCAAUUUGAAGAAGAUUUUUGAACAGCAAGAAAUAUUAUCAAAAGAAUUAGACACUUUUAAUCGUGUGAAAUUAGCCUUAGAACAACUUCUUAAACAGACACACUAUGAACAAACAGCAGAGAACUCACCCAGCUUGCUGAAGGAUCUCAGUGACAGUGAAAGUGAGAAUAGUAAUCUUAAGAGGAGGGUACUUGAAAAAGAGGCCUAUAUCGGAGAACUUUCCAGUCUGUUUGAGAAUGAAAAGGAAAGCGCUUUGAAAGCAAACCGGUUUUCCCAGUCAGUCAAAGUAGUGCAUGAUCGUCUGCACCUCCAAAUCCAGAAAAGGGAAGCUGAGAAUGACAAGUUAAAAGAGCACGUGAGGAGCUUGGAAACCCAAAUAGCCAAGUGGAACUUGCAGGUGAGAAUGAAUAAGCAGGAGGCUGUAGCCAUCAAAGAAGCAAGUAGGCAGAAAGCUGUGGCUCUGAAAAAAGCAUCGAAAGUUUACAGACAAAGGCUGAAACACUUUGCAGGGGAUAUUGAACACCUCACUGCCCAGAUCCGAGAUCAGGAAGCCAAAUUGUCUGAAACACUUUCAGCUUCCAAUGCCUGGAAAAGUCAUUAUGAGAAAAUCGCAAUAGAGAAAACUGAACUGGAAGUUCAGAUCGAAACAAUGAAAAAGCAAAUCGUUAAUCUUUUGGAAGAUUUGAAGAAAGUGGAAACUCAUGGAAAAAAUUCAUGUGAAGAAAUCCUUAGAAAACUUCACUCACUUGAAGAUGAAAAUGAAGCACUAAAUACUGAGAAUAUGAAGUUAAAGGGUAUGCUUGACGCUUUGAAGGAUGAAGUUGUUUCUGUUGAAAAUGAGCUUGUAGAAUUGCAAGAAGUAGAAAAACGACAGAAAAAUCUCAUCGACGUAUAUAAAACUCAGGUACAAAAGUUGCAAGAAGCAGCUGAAGUGGUAAAAAGCAGAUGUAAACAUUUGCUACGGGAAAAUAACCUAAUAAUAAAAAAUAAAAACAAAAAGUUAGAGAAGAUGAGAGGCCAGGUGGAGUCUCACUUGAAGCAGGUAGAGCGCGCCCGCCACUCCUUCGCGUCAGCCGAACAGAGACUUCACGAGUGUCAGGAGAGUCUGCAGCGCUGCAAGGAGAAGUGUGCGGAGCAGGCGCACACCGUUAGGGAGCUGCAGGGCCAGGUUGAUGAAAACGAUAGCCUUCUAACCAAGCUUUCUCUUGAGGAGGAGAAUUAUCUCAUUCAGUUAAAGUGUGAAAACCUUAAAGAGAAGUUGGAGCAGAUGGAUGCCAAGAAUAAGGAGCUGGAGAAGAAGCUGGCUGACCAAGAGGAGCAUCUGAAGCGCAGCGACCUGGAGCUGAGAGAGAAGGCUGCAGAGUGCGCAGUGCUGUCCAGGCAGCUGGAGGCCGCUCUGGAUGAAGGGAGACAAAAGGUUUCUGAAGAAGUAGAGAAAAUGUCAUCUAGAGAGAGGGCUUUGCAAAUUAAAAUAUUAGAUCUGGAAACUGAGCUUAGAAAGAAAAAUGAAGAGCAAAACCAACUUGUUGGCAAAAUGAACAGUAAAGCCCAGCACCAGGAUAUUUGUCUGAAAGAAAUACAGCACAGUCUUGAGAAGUCGGAGAACCAAAAUGAGAGCAUUAAGAACUACUUGCAGUUUCUUCAGCUUUCCUAUGUAACAAUGUUUAGAUAAAUUGUCAAAUUUAUUGAUUGCUGACUGUUAUACUUUAUGAGUUUUAGCUUACCAGUGUUAGAGUUUGUAUGUGAAGGUAUUUGAGACAUAAUUUAUUUUCUGAUUGAAACUUUAAGAAAUGGUAGCUGUUAGUGUUCCUUUUUACUAGAUAAUUUGCAUUGAACUCUGGUUUCUCUUUUUAAAAAAAUAUUAAUUUUAAAGUAUUUUUCUCUAUAUAUGCAAAAAUAAGAAUUAUUCUUAUGAACCAUUGAAGUAAAUUUGUAAUAAAUAUAGGCCAAUUAUGAACCAAAUACAUGGUUUUUUUUUUUUUUUUUGGUUUUUCGAGACAGGGUUUCUCUGUAUUGUUUUGGAGGCUGUCGGUCCAGCCUGGCCUCGAACUCACAGAGAUCUGCCUGCCUCUGCCUCCCAAGUGCUGGGAUUAAAGGUGUGCGCCACCACCGUCCGGCGAUGGUUUUAAAUUAUGUAUUUUCUUCUUUUAUAUUGUAAUUGUAAUGCUAUAUAAAUAAAAUAGUAAGCAAUUUAAUUCUAAUAAUGAUAAA